GGAUACCUCAAGGGCCUUAGUUACUCCACGGGCGUCUGCUCUAGGAUAAUCAUUGCCUUGGAAUUAUGGGCCCCAAGAAAAAGUCCGACGCCCGUGGAGGCCCCAAACCCGGGACGAAACAGGCCAAAGCCGCCGCCGAGAAAUCGGCUGAGACGGCGAAGAAAGCGCAGGCUUCCACGGAGGAACCGAAGAAACCUUCGGUUAAGGAGGUCAUUGGAGGCGCAUCAUGGACCGGAAAACUUCCGGUCAAUAUGCUCUCGGAGCAUUGUCAGAAGCAGAAGUGGGAGAAGCCUGAGUAUACCAUGAUGAAAGUGUCAGAGGGCUAUGUAUCGUCCGUUAUUCUGAAGCGCGUCGAUCUCAAGACUCGAGAAACUAUCACCCUUCCUCCCAUGAAGCCCCCUCCGUCCCACAAGCAUCUCGCUGCGCAACCUACGGCAUUGGAGGCGCGCCAUUUCGCAGCGGCUUAUGCUCUGUUCCGAGUCUGCAACAUGAAGAACCUGCAUAUGAUGCUUCCGCCAACUUACAAGAAACUCUGGAAAGAAGACUUCACGGAUAUCAAAGCUGCAGACACCAAGGAAGGGAAAGGAUGGAUGUACGAAGCAGACCCAUUUCUCGCCAAGCAGGAACGAGAGAGUGCCGCUGCGGAUUUGGAGAAGAAGCGGAAAGAGCGCGAGAAGACUCAGGCGAAAGCCGCAGAACGGGGUGUGGACUUGGGGCUGGGUUCUGGUGGAGAUAACAAGGGGAGGAAAAUCUGGUCGCAGGCUCCGAAGGUCGACCUUGGGGGUAAAGUCCGCCGUGAAAUCGAGGGGAUUCUGCGGCAACAUGCCAUUUGGAAUCCCUACAACGUGGAGAUUCCGGAAAGCGAACGUAAGACUAUUGUCGAAGAGCUUACUCAGUUGGGCUUCCGGCGCAGCCACGUUGAGGAGGCGACGAGCACAUGCAAAGACCGAGAAGAAGUCCUAGAAUGGCUUCUUAUAUACGUUCCGGAGGAUGAUCUUCCACGCUGGUGUCUACCAGAGGGGUACUCGGCUGGUGUGAGCCUUGCCAGCGAUGACCUUGCCAGAGAGGCGAAAAUCAAACGACUGGCCUCUAUUGGCUACCCUGCCGACCUAUGCUCGCGGACACUAGACAGCAAGCAGGGCGAUGAGCUUGCAACAGCAGAGUUCCUUCAAAACACCCUGGUUCAUGGGGCGAAUCCUUCUAUAGACGCCGCGCCCUCCGGGGACGAAGAUCUAUGGGCAGAAGAGCAGGAGACACUGGAGGCCAUCUUUGGAGAAAGAUAUUCGCGGAUAUCGCCUAAGGUGUGCGAAAUCAAGGGCGAAGGGUCAAGCUUACCAGAGUCUAUGACCUUCCGUUUCCAGAGACCUUCUUCGCAUUAUCCAUCAGCCGUGCCAGUCAUCUCUCUCCUGGCUCAAGGCAUCCCUGCUUAUAUACGACUCAGUGCUAUACGUCAGGUGGUGCAGUACUCCGAGGAGAACUUCCUGGGUGAACCUAUGAUAUUCAAUAUAUUGGACUGGUUGGAAGUCCAUCUGCCGGAAGUGAUAGAGAAUCCAGGCAGACUACGAGAUAUCUCGACAGUCUCCGCUUCCCCAACUGCUACUGGAUCUGUAUCUCAAAUACCUGUCCGCCAGUCACGCAGGAAGGGUAGGGAUGUCAACUGGCAGCCGGGCUCGCCACAGAGCGUUUCACUGCGAGAAGCCUGGGAAGCGAAGCAGUCUACCAAGGCCCAGCAGGAGAUGACUCGGAAGCGAGAAUCCCUUCCCGCCUGGAACACACAAGAGGCAAUCAUUCGUGCCGUGAAUACGCAUCAAGUUACCAUCAUCUCUGGAGAAACGGGUAGUGGAAAGAGUACGCAGUCCGUCCAGUUCGUGCUCGACGACUUGAUCAAGAGAGACCUUGGUGCUGUGGCCAACAUUAUCUGUACGCAGCCUCGCCGAAUCUCUGCCUUGGGUCUAGCCGAUCGAGUAUCCGAUGAGCGAUGUGCGUCGGUGGGUGAUGAGGUUGGAUAUAUCAUUCGAGGCGAGUCCAAGGUCAAGUCGGGCACAACAAAGAUCACAUUUGUCACUACUGGUGUUCUGCUCCGUCGCAUGCAAUCCGGCAGCGGUCCUGACGGCAAUGUGGCGAGCUCCCUCGCGGAUGUCACCCACGUUGUGGUGGAUGAGGUGCACGAACGGAGUCUUGACACCGACUUUCUCUUAGCCCUGCUGAGAGACGUUUGUCGCCAUCGGAAAGACAUCAAAGUCAUUCUCAUGAGUGCCACUCUUGACGCGGAUGUCUUCAUGAACUACUUUGGCGGUCGCCAAUCCGUUGGAUUUGUCAACAUCCCUGGGCGAACCUUCCCCGUGGAAGACUACUACUUGGAUGAUGUUGUCCGUGACACUGGGUUCGCUCCAGAGAUCACUGAACUGGACUAUGAGGACCAUGCCGCAUCAACCGCACCCGCCGAAGGGUCCUUUGGCAAACUUCUUCGCAGCAUUGGCAUGGGUAUCAACUACGAAUUGAUCGCAUCCACGGUUCGAUACAUCGACGCCCAGUUAGGCGAUCAACCUGGAGGCAUCCUCAUCUUCCUGCCGGGUACCAUGGAGAUCGAAAGAUGUCUGAACGCUGUCAGGAGAAUUCCCAAUGCCCAUCCACUCCCACUCCAUGCAUCUCUCCUCCCAGCCGACCAACGCCGCGUCUUCCUCAGUCCCCCGAAAGGCAAACGCAAGGUCAUCGCAGCAACCAACGUCGCCGAAACGUCUAUCACCAUCGAGGAUAUCGUGGCUGUCAUCGACACGGGUCGAGUCAAGGAGACCAGCUACGACCCCAGAGACAAUAUCGUUCGCCUGCAGGAAGUAUGGGCAUCCCAGGCCGCCUGCAAGCAACGACGUGGUCGAGCUGGUCGUGUCAGGGCCGGCACCUGCUACAAGCUCUACACGCGCCAAGCAGAGGCAAACAUGGCGCAUCGUCCAGACCCGGAGAUCCGUCGAGUGCCUUUGGAACAAUUGUGCCUAUCCGUCAAAGCCAUGCAAGGCAUCAACGACGUCGCCACGUUCCUCGCCAACACCCUCACCCCGCCAGAGAGUACCGCCGUCGAGGGAGCCCUAGACUUCCUGCACCGUGUCGGAGCUCUUGACCACGACAAACUCACUGCCCUCGGACGCUACCUGUCCAUGAUCCCCGCCGAUCUGCGCUGCGCAAAGCUCAUGGUCUACGGCUCCAUCUUCGGCUGCAUCGAUGCCUGCGUCACCAUCUCCGCCAUUCUCACCGUCAAGAGCCCCUUCGUCUCCCCCCGAGAACGACGCGAAGAAGCCAACGCCGCAAAAGCUUCCUUUUCCAAGGGCGGCGACGGCGACCUCCUCACCGACUUCCUCGCCUACCAACAAUGGUCCGACCGAGUCAACGCCCAAGGCUACUGGCAAACCCAAUCCUGGUGCUCCGACAACUUCCUCUCCCACCAAACCCUCCGCGACAUAUCCUCCAACAAAUCCCAACUCCUCACCUCCCUCAAAGACGCCGGCCUCCUCCCAGUCGACUACUCCUCCCCUUCCUCCGAACCAGGCACAGCAACCAACACCCGCUGGAACCGCAACGGAGGCAACAAAGCCCUCCUCCGGGCCCUCAUCGCCGGCGCCUUCCAACCCCAGAUCGCGCAGAUCUCCUUCCCCGACAAGAAAUUCGCCAGCUCCGUCACCGGAACCGUCGAAAUCGACCCCGACGCCCGAACAAUCAAAUACUUCAACCAGGAAAACGGCCGUGUCUUCAUCCAUCCCAGCUCCGUCCUCUUCUCCGCCCAAUCCUACCCCAGCUCCUCCGCAUACCUCACCUACUUCACCAAAAUGGCUACCAGCAAGGUCUUCAUCCGUGACUUGACCCCCUUCAACGCCUACUCCCUCCUCCUCUUCUGCGGAUCCAUCGAUCUAGAUACCACCGGUCGCGGACUCAUCGUCGAUGGCUGGCUCCGACUCCGUGGCUGGGCCCGCAUCGGUGUCUUGGUCUCCCGGUUGCGCAUGAUGUUGGAUGAGGUCAUUGCGAUGAGAAUCGAUCAGCCUGCUUCCGUGGGGUGUGGGGAUCGAGCGAGUAUUGCGGAUCAGGUGGUCGAGGUGGUGAAGAGGUUGAUUGAGUUUAAUGGGUUGGAUCAGUAGAGGUUGAGACGGGAUUUUGGGUAUAUAUUUAUAUAUAUAUGUAGAUGUUGGGGUGUUCUUUUUGGAUGUGGUGGCUUGGUUAAGUGUUGAAGGUGAUGUUUUGGAAUAGAGAUAUGUAUAGAGGUAGAGAUGAGGUGAAGAUAGACGGAUGGGUGAAAGGUUACGAGACACGCGUGCCGGAUAUUGACGUGACUGAGCCAUACGACAGGAGCUGGCAACGCCGAAGUGAUAGAUCCAAUUUCAUUAAUUCUGCGCC